UAGAUGUCCCCGUUUCACUGGAGAACCCCCGAAAGCAGAAUCCUUGAAGGUGGGGCUCUGGGAUCUCUAUUACAGCUAUACUUUCAACAGUUGCUUGGAAGUUUGGGAACUGCUGCAGAAGGUGGGGAGGAGCUUUGCAUGUGUUUGCUGUCUGGUUCUAGGUGUAGACACCUGCUGGGGCUGGAGCUUGUGUCAUCAGCAUCACUCCAAAUGACCCACAGAUGGGGUCAUGUUUGCCCCCAAAUCUAAGCAAAAAAUAUGGAAUCGGGUAUCUCCAAGGGAUCAUUUUGCAUUUAAGCCUUUGGUUUUACAGAUGGGGAAACUGAGGCCCAAGGUCAUAAGAGGGUUAGGACUGGAAUCUGGAACUGGCAUCCUUCCUUCUGAAAUUCUGGCUGCCCUUGGGGUUGGGGCUGGCUGGCAAGUGGCGGGCAGGGGACCGGGAGAGGAUUGAGGGUGGCUACCUGUGUUUCAGCCCGGGCAGCGCGGAUGGCUUGGCAGGUGAGCGUGCCCGAGCUGGAGGACCAGCUUCUGUGUCCCAUCUGCCUGGAGGUCUUCAAGGAGCCCCUGAUGCUGCAGUGCGGCCACUCCUACUGCAAGGGCUGCCUGGUCUCCCUGUCCUGCCACCGCGACGCCAUGCUGCGCUGCCCCGUGUGCCGGCAGGCGGUGGACGGCAGCAGCUCCCCGCCCAACGUCUCCCUGGCCCGGGUGAUCGAAGCCCUGCGGCUCCCCGGGGACCCGGAGCCCAAGGUCUGUGCGCAGCACCGCAACCCGCUCAGCCUCUUCUGCGAGAAGGACCAGCAGCUCAUCUGCGGCCUCUGCGGCCUGCUGGGCUCCCACCAGCACCACCAGGUCACUCCGGUCUCCACUGUCUACAGCCGCAUGAAGGAGGAGCUUGCAGCCCUCAUCUCCGACCUCAAGCAGGAGCAGAAGAAGGUGGACGAACUUAUCGCCAAACUGGUGAACAACAGGACCCGGAUUGUCCCUUCCCUGUCCCAGAAUGAGUCCGAUGUCUUCAGCUGGGUGAUCCGCCGCGAGUUUCAGGAGUUGCACCACCUGGUAGACAAGGAGAAGGCCCGCUGCCUGGAGAGGAUGGAGGGUCACACCCGUGGCCUGGUGGCCUCCCUGGACAUGCAGCUGGAGCAGGCCCAGGGCACUCGGGAGCGGCUGGCCCAGGCUGAGCAUGUGCUGGAGCAGUUCAGUAAUGAGAGUCACCAUGAGUUCAUCCAGAAGUUCCACUCCAUGACCUCCAGAGCAGAGCUGCAGCAGGCCCGGCCCUUGGAAGGUGCAUUCAGUCCCAUCUCCUUCAAGCCAGGCCUUCACCAGGCUGACAUCAAGCUGACUGUGUGGAAGAGGCUCUUCCGGAAAGUUCUGCCAGCCCCGGAGUCUCUCAAGUUGGACCCUGCCACCGCCCAUCCCCUCCUGGAGCUUUCCAAGGGCAACACGGUGGUGCAGUGCGGGCUCCUGGCCCAGCGGCGCGACAGCCAGCCCGAGGGCUUCGACUACAGUACCUGCGUCCUGGCCAGACAGGGCUUCUCCUGCGGCCGCCACUACUGGGAGGUGGUUGUGGGCAGCAAGAGCGACUGGCGCCUGGGGGUCAUCAAAGGCACGGCCAGCCGCAAGGGCAAGCUGAGCAAGUCCCCGGAGCACGGCGUGUGGCUGAUCGGCCUGAAGGAGGGCCGGGUGUACGAGGCCUUUGCCAGCCCGCGGGUGCCCCUGCCGGUGACGGGCCACCCCCACCGCAUCGGGCUCUACUUGCACUAUGAGCAGGGAGAGCUCACCUUCUUCGAUGCCGACCGUCCUGAUGACCUGCGACCGCUCUACACGUUCCAGGCUGACUUCCAGGGCAAGCUCUACCCCAUCCUGGACGUGUGCUGGCACGAGAGGGGCAGCAACUCCCUGCCCAUGGUGUUGCCCCCGCCUGGCGGGCCUGAUCCGCUCACCCCCCCACAGCCCACCAAGCUGUAGGGCUGCCGUGGUCCCACCUGCCCACAGGCCCAUCCCAGUGGAGCACUGGGGACCCCAGGGUUCCCCUGGGUCCCGAGGUGACGUCUUCACUGUUUGGGAAGGUCUUCAUGCCUGUGUGUUCAAGGACACUUAAUGGUAGGGAGAAGGACCACAAGCCAAGGGUGUGUUUGUUAACUUCUGCCCGAGCGAGCAGAGCCAGGCCUUGGCACCUCCAGGACACACUGAGCUCCCCGGGUCCCUGCAGACAUGCUCUCCAUGCUGACUCUUCCAGCUGAGGGUCAGACAUCCCAAUACACCUUUUCCUCAUCAUUGUCAACUUUCUACAGCUAUUAAGGAUAAUAAAUUUGACAUUAUUUCUUUCUCAUUAAA